AUGGUGUUGAAGGCCUACCCGAUACCAUUGUUGUGGGAGCAACUGCAGUUAGCGGCCGGUCACAAGUAUUAUGUGUGUCUAGACUGUAAUCAUGGCUUUUGGAAUGUACCCCUGGGGGCAGAAAGCCGACAGUUUACUGCGUUUGUGUCGCAUAGGGGCACAUUCGAAUACACUGUGAUUCCGUUUGGUGUUAAGAAUUCGCCGAUCCUGUUUCAGCAGGUGAUGGACCACGUCUUUGAAGGUCUCAUAGGAAAGAAUGUCAACGUGUACAUUGACGAUAUUGUCGUGUACGCUGAUGAUUUGGAUACGUUGUUUGAGCGUCUGGACGAGGUGCUCGGGAGGUGCUGCGAGGAAGGUUUGUUUCUUAAGCUGAAGAAGGGUGAAUACGUGAAGCAGGAAGCAAAGCUGUUAGGGUUCAUUGUAGGCGAGGAAGGCAUCAAGACGGACCCGAAGAAGGUGGCGGACCUGAUGAGAGUGGACGCUCCGUGUAACGUAAGAGAACUGAGGUCGUUCUUGGGUUCUGUGACUUACCUCAAGAGGUAUAUUCCACAGUUCGCGAGUAGAGUUGCUGGCAUGACUGACUUGCUCAAAAAGAAGACUGAGUUUGUUUGGAGUGAGGCACGAGAGGAGGAGUAUCAAGAAAUCGGUGGCCGAGUGUGUGUUGCUAGCAGCGCCGGCAGACAUUGGAGAAUUCGUGCUAACGACGGAUGCCAGUGA